AUGUUUGCAAAAGAUGAUCCUCCUUCAACCUCUGUCUCCUUUCUUUUAGACGAGUCUUCUACUUGCUGUUCCUUCUCUAACAAUGCUGAAGCAAUAUCAUUGGAGAACACUGCUAUAUGGAUGACUCGUGACAAAAGCUUUGAGACAUGGAUCUGUCCUCUUUCUUACGCACUAAUUGGGUAUUGUGAUGACAUCAUUCUUAGGUUAUGUCAGGAUAUUGUGUUGCUGAAAUCUGAAGUUGCAGAACUUGUGUUGCCAAAUGUUGUUGUCAAUCUAGCAGGCAGGAAGGAUUUGGAUGUUGAUCUUUGCAAAUUGAUCUCCUCGCAGCCUAGGUACCUGCAUGGAGCCAACUACGUUAAGAUAAUCUAG